AUGAUUGGUUUAGGUGCAGAAAUAUUCGAUUCUGAGAUAACAAGAUACAUUAUUGAUCAAGGAAAAAUUGUAGGAGCUUGUAAUUACAACAAUACUAUCCAAAGAAACGCUGAAAGUUCUUUCAAAUUGCCACCUCCAAAGUUUGAGGUUACAGAAAAAUUAAAGGAUACAAUGAAAGAUAUUGUUCAUUUAAUUGAUUUAGAUACAAAAGAUUAUUAUAUUGCGAUCCAAAACUGUAUUAUUUUGUCUUUUAUGACAAAAGUAUUUGAGAAUUAUCCAAAUAAAGUUGAGCUAGUUGAUUGGUCAAAGACAUUGAAAAAAUUGGUUUCACAAACAUAUCAAAUUCAAGGAAUCCCGAACUUCUCAAAUUCGCAAUUUUCUUUCUUAAUAAGACAGAAAUUGAAGAGAUUUACAGCUAUUGAUAAAGAGGUAGGAAUUCCGAACAAUGAUAGAUUCAUUCCAUUAACGGAAUAUACUAGCAGUAAUGAAGAAGCAAUCGCAGGAAGUCCAUCCACUGAAACUUUCUUUGUUUACACAAAACAGCUUGAGAAUUACGAAAAAAUUAAAUUCAAACUUUCAAAGCAAACCAAUACUUUGAAGUAUAUUGGCUUCAUAACGGAUGAUUGGGACACUGUUUUCUUAAGUUUGUUCGAUAUGAACAUCUACAGUGAUAAAGGAUUCACAAAAUAUACCGGAAGUCAGUCAAAAGUUGUUUUGUCAAUUGUUGAUAAUUAUCUUCUCUUUGGCGAUGUAAAAGUCGACAGUCAUGCAUUAAAAAAGAGAUGGGUUUUCAUGAUAACAGUUUGUGAUAA